ACACAUCGAAUUUCGGCUUGCUUCCAGCUACAGGCCCUUUGCACGCGCUGCAAAUUCUGGUUUUCCUUAAUCCCUUAAAAAUCAAACCCACAAUCUCCGCGUUCACCGGAAAUUCCCAUGUCUUCAACCCUGCAAAUGUCUCUUCCACUUUCUUCCCCUUCUCUAUCUCACUCUCAAAGCCUCUCCUUCUCAACAACACUUACAUCUGCAAUCCCACCCUUCCUCCACACCAAACUUUCCAACCUCUCCCUUCACCCCAACCACCAACACCAAAAAUCAACUAUAAUUCGAAUGGGAGGUGGGCCCAGGACAUACCCAGGUGGGGUCUCCAAAUGGCAGUGGAAACGCAUGCAAGCCAAGAAAGCCAAGCAGCUCCUCAAGGCUCGACUCGCCCGUGAGAGGCAAAUCUACGAAAUGCGAAAGAGAGCCGAACUCAAAGCCGCCGUUUCGGAACUUGAACGGCCCUGGGAAGUUGUUGAAAAAGCCCCCACGCUUUUCUCGGUCGCCGCCGAUGAACAAGUCAAAGUCUUGGCUGACCGUUUUCAGAGACCCGGCGGGUUUGACCUCUGGACUGAAAAGGAUGGGCCCCAGUUGUUUGAGACCCCUGAUGGCUUACCCUCCGCCAGGUUUUUUCCCAAAGGAGUUGUUCAUAGUGUGAAACCAUACGGACUUAUUGCUUCAGCGAGCAGUCAAUUAGAGAGUGGAGAAGACGAGAAUAAAUUUAAUUCUGAAGAUUCGGAUUCUGUGGAAGUACCGAGCACGAAUAGUUUUGAUGAAAAUGGUAGAAAUUUCCGGAGAAAAGGGCGGAGGAGGAGGUUUAAUAUGGCUGAGGAUUCAGACUCAAGACGCGAUUGAAUUACUAAUUUUUGGUAAUGUUUUUUCAAUCUUCUUGAUAAUGGAUUUGUUUGUUGCACAUCGACAAUGUAUUGUAUUGAAGUAAGAUACUGAGAUUUGUAUAUUGAGAUUAUCGUUAGCUCAUGAUGUAAUUAAUUAAUAAGUUCAUGAAAGUUCUAAUGGGCUUCCUCUUA